AUGCCUGACUCAGAUUCCUCCUCUACUCCCUCUGAGGCCCUUACCACCAUCGACGUACAGGAAGAAGAGCAAGAUGCCCAGACAUUCAAAGCUCUCUGCGCAUCCCGUCUCCGGCUCCUGCAGCAGCAGUACAAGCUCAUGAAAGACUGCCUGAAUAAAUCCAUGGUUGUCUCAGACAUAUGGUGGGCAGCACACAAGGUCAAUAAUACUGAGCGAAAGCGGACGCUCGGCACGCAGCUCAUCGACGAAGUUAUCCUCCCUUAUCUCCACAACAUCGACGCUCUCGUAAAGGCCCACGAAAACCGAUUCAAAGCAGAUGAGAUGAUCUGUAUGUACUUCGAGUUCUGUGAAGAGGCACUUGCCAGAUGUUUCACCCCGGCUGAUGGACUCACUGUCGAGCAAGCCUAUGCAGAAAAGGGGCUGGCUGUGUGCCUGGCUGAAGUCGACGAGAUCAAGCACAUUUUGAGAGUCUUUCGCCAGCACUUUGGUCGAAAGAUCCUGUUGGAAAAGGCUGCUCAGGGCUUUGGGAUCAGGCAUCUCCUAUCAGAAUCGGCGAAGAGGGCUGAAUCUGCAUCCAUGUCCGCAUCCUCGUCCUCGUCCGCACCUGCACCAGCAACUGCAUCCUCUUCCUGGUCGUGGCUGUGGUCUGCUUCCACAAAAGAUGAAGAUAGAGUGCUAUGGGUUAUGUUCCCGCACACUGAGCUAGAGAACGUGCAGCGAAAGGCCUUCAACGUCAUCAAGAUGGAACGAGCCAACAUUCUCGAGAGUAAGAUCGACUAUGUCGAAGAUUACUGGCACGCCAAGCAGCAACUAGAUGAAGACGAGCCAUUGCUGGACGACGACGAGGACAAAGAAUGGGAAUCAGAGUUCGUGAACUGCACUAGCAGACGGUUCAAUCUGUUCGUUGAAGAUGUAAAGCUGCGUCUCAUGAAGGAUUGCAGCCUGUCGAAUUUCCGCUUCUUGGCCCCCCUGACUGCAAAGAUUGGGUUCGAUGAACACAUACACGCAAAGAGAUUGGGGAGAUGCAACAAGGACGAUCUGUACGAGUAUGUUCAGUAUAGACUUGAUUGUCUUGAGGCUGAGAAAGCACACGUUGAAAGCAUGGAGUUUUACUUCGAGGGUCCGGAUGGAUAUGUCUAG